AUGUUGGAGGUUACUGGAUGUGUAGACCGGGAGAGCAGUUGUUAUUUGGCUGGAGAAACAGUUUGUGUAAAGGUAGACGAGCGUUUCUUUAUUUUAACUCGUAUUUUAGAUAUUCCUGAACAACCUUGACAAGGAAAAUGGAGAUGUUUUGGGAUGGAUUUGUCUUCAAAUGCAUUGUGAUAGGAUAUUUCCUAAAGGAAACAGAAAUCUGGAAUUGAAUAAUACCAAAGCUGAUGUGACCUCGGUGAAACCCUCAAAAGAGGCCAUCUUUUCAAGCAAGCCUGACAUUAUUUUGUGCAAUUGGAGUGUUCCUAAAGCAACUUCAGAAGUCCGUGAGAGGGAAAUGUUUGUGCCUUUAGGGUUUCCGCCGACUUUUAAGGUAAUGCUUUGAAUGUUUGUAAUAAUUGUUUAACCGCUCUCUAAUUUCUUAAAAUGAUUUUUUCAACCCGUUUCUUAAGGGACAGUAUGUGCGUUACAACUGGUAUCUUCAAGUAGCUAUUCAGAGGGUCGACAAGCCGAUUCAAACUCUGUUUUUACCCAUUCGGGUCUUGAACUCUACCGUGGAUAACAAAAUUAGAUCGCCUUUAGUUCAGAAUCCGUUUGUCCAGAAAGAUGGCAAUGAGUAAGGAUUGCUUUAACUUCUCAAUUUGAUCUGUAGAAUGUUUCCUUUAUCACUAGCUAUGGCCAGGAUAGAAGAAAAGACAGUUUCAUCAAGGAAGACGGUCAUUUUCGAUGUCACUAGUGGGGGCGAUCAUUUUGCUACAGUAAAUCUAAAUGCUGGACCUUUUAAAUUGGGGGAUAUAGUGCAAGGAAUGGUCGAAUUCCCCGAUCAUGAAGAACGAAAACCACGGUCUAUUCAAGUAAGCACACAUUAAUAAGGAAAUCAAUUUCGCUUUAGUUACUGGUUUCAUUAGAAACAGUAGAAGAAUGUUUGUAUUCGGACUCUGUAGCACCCAAUGUUGUGCGACACAACUAUUCUCAGAUAACUACAGCGUUUUUGAAGUCUUGUCACUUCCGAGUCCCAAUUCAGUUGACAAGUGUACCCACUUUUACAGAACAAUCAGGUAAUUACAAUGUAUUCAAUAUUAUGACCUUUCAGUUAAACUGUUCUGGAGAAUUCACUUUGAAUUUACCGUAACCCGAGAUGAUUUGAUAGUCCCCAGAGAACACGGCGAGAAUUUAGCCGAGAAUCUUAGAGUGCAGGCGUUAUCACUCGAUCAUCCAAUAUUUGUACAUUCCGCGAACCCCUUAAAUGUGGGUAUGGCUCUUCAUAACAGUCAUCACUGCACCACGGUUACAUUAUGA